AUGCGCAGGACGCCGGCGCAGACAACAGAGCUAGCGCCAUCAUACACAAUGCGAGUGCACACGAAGGCAGUGACGGCAAUCGCAUUCUUCAAAGAUGGUCGACAGAUCGUCACUGCUUCAAAGAAUAAAACCCUACGAAUCUGGGACAUGGAGAAAAGAGCAUUCAUCGGAGAGCCAUUCCAGGGACAUAGUGACAUCGUGAUGUCCGUUACUGUAUCACCAGAUGAUGGGCGAAUUGUGAGUGCUGGAGGAGAUGGAGCCAUCAUCAUCUGGGACGUCGAGAGCAAGCAGAUGCUAUUCAAACCACUGCUGAAGCAUACACGCCGGGUGUCCUCUGUGUGCUUCUCCCCCGAUGGAAAGAGACUCGCAAGCGGGUCAUGGGAUGACACAGUUAUUAUAUGGGAUGCAGAGACCGGCGCUGUCCUCUCAACACUCCGACACAAUGUGGGUAUGGUGCAGGUGUUGUGUGUCGCCUUCAGUCCGGACGGGCUCAAAAUAGCAGCCGGCGGUUCCCAGGGUACCAUUCGGGUUUGGCGCACCGGCAACACCAAGCUUCUUCUCAAGAUCAACGCUCACGACGAUUGGGUUGAAAAUGUUUUAUGGUUGCCUGAUGGCCAGCAACUUGUCUCCGCAUCAGCGGACAAAAUGAUCAAGUUUUGGGACUCAUCAAAUGGGUGCCGGAUCGGUCAACCUUGCACCGGUCACACUUCCUGCGUUACGUCACUUGCUAUUUCUACUGAUGGCCUCUUCAUUGCCACUACCUCGUUUGAUAAGACUGUGCGCCUGUGGAGCACACAGUCACACCAGCAGAUAGGACAAGCACUUGAACAUACCACAUGGGUUUCCUGCAUCGCAAUUUCCUCCAGUGGAGAAGUGGUCGCGAGCGCAGACUUUGAUGGAAAUCUUCAACUUUGGUCCAUCGAGAACACACUCUCCGCAGCAUUCGGAAUGGAUUACGCAUACAUUACGCACCGCAGUAAGGUGAAGUUGGGCCAAAAGCUCCAUGCACAGGCCCUUUCGGAUGCGGAAAAGGUCAUCGAGCUCAACCCUUCAUCUUAUCUCGGGUAUGAAUUGAAGUAUACAGCGCUUCGUGGAGCACAACACUAUGAUGAUGCAUUGGAAGCCUUCAUAAUCAUGCUCUCCAAGUUGGAUGAUGCGCCCGACCCAUGGAUACGACACAACUUGAGCACCAACUGGAAUGAUAUAUUUUCGCAGAGCUACGCCAUCAAUACACGAGCCAUUCAAGCUCAACUGGAAAACGCCCCCCUUCGUCUAAUCAACACCUAUACUGGACAUUUGUGCGAUCGAGAUGCACAGAUCAACGCAUUCGCGGAGAGUACAGAGUACAAAGAGCUUUUGCAUUCAUUGGUGAUGCAUGCACCCCUCCAAAUGGAGCCCAUCAAAGAAGCGGUUGCAAAGUACUUCAAUUGGGACAAGGUCAUAUAUGACUUGGGUCCGGUCGGAACUAUGGUGAAGUUGCAGAAGUUCUGCAAAGUCGCUCGCGAUGCGGGGCAUCGUUGGGCGUGGAGCGACACUUGUUGCAUUGACCAGAACAAUAACGUUGAGGUCCAGCAAUCAGUCAACUCCAUGUUCAUCUGGUAUCACCACUCAGCGCUCACCAUCAUCUACCUAUCGGAUGUCCCUUCUUCGUCAGAGUCUGGCGCGCUCGCAAACAGCACUUGGAACAUGCGAGGAUGGACCGUCCAGGAGUUCCUCGCUCCAAAAAUUGUUCUCUUCUACCAAACAGAUUGGACCCCAUAUCUCGACAACCGCUCAUGCAAUCACAAGCGGUCUGUCGCUAUCAUGUGGGAGCUGGAGCGUUCAACUGGCAUAAAUGCGCGGGCGCUCGUCGAUUUCCGUCCAGGGACAAAAGAUGCUCGAGAGAAACUCCGAUGGGCAUCAAACCGGUAUACUACGAGGGAGGAAGACAUCGCCUACUCUUUGUUUGGCAUCUUUGAUAUCAACCUUCCUGUUAUCUAUGGAGAGAAAAGACAAAAGGCGCUCGGACGACUCUUGCAGGAGAUCAUAGCCCAUUCGGGCGACAUCACAGCCUUGGACUGGGUGGGACAAUCGUCCGACUUCAACAGUUGCCUGCCAGCCGACAUUUCCUCAUACAAGGCUCCAUCCUGUACACUGCCAUCUGUAUCUGAAAAUGAGAUGCAGAUGUCGGUCUCCGCGCUGCGAAACAGCAUUAUGGCUGUGCAGUCGGCUUCGAGACUGUAUACUCUCCUGAAGAAUCUUAAUGCUCCUCAUUUCACAAACACCAGACUGCAAUUGCCUUGCAUCGCAUUUCCUCUCACCGAAGUCAGGCGGAGUGCCGGUGAAGACGGUGACAAAUGUUUCACAUAUGAAGUCAAGGCACACGGGCUACAAGACCUGCAGGUCACAACAGAAGACAGGCUUGCUCAAUUUUCGCCUGCAAGGCGUACUCGGCAGUCAUUCCUGCUCAUCCGUCCGUGGAAUCGGUAUGAUCUCGGGCUGAUUAACUUUGCAGACAAGACGCAGAGUGUAGAAGAUUGGCCUGAGCCUGGGUCUCCUGGAUACAACGAACCAACUACGCCAGAGUUGAGGUUGAUCGUUCGGCUCAGACAGCCUUUUGGCAGACUUUUGCUAGCGCAGCAGUGGGGUGGGGAAUAUAAGAGAAUUGCUUCGGAUAACAAAGUCGUCGCGCAAGUUAGGGACAUGGUAUCUGUCGAUGACAUGAUGGACGUCAGGAUGCUGGAGAUAUUGUAGCUGCGAUGAAC